AUGUCUACUAAUCAAGAAAGAAAGGGAUAUGGCCCUUCGGAUCAAACCCCGAUCAGCACCAGAAUCGCAGACAUCCUUCCGGUUCCGCCAACGACACAGCCUGUUAGCGAACCUGAGAAGCAUGUAAAGGCAAAUAGUCUAACUGAAGAACCAACACUCUCUCAUGCUUUAGCUACUAGUAACCAUGAAGAGAAAGGAUUGGCUCAACAACAACACGACGAGGAGGUAGUUGAUUUAGGUUGGAACGAGAAGAAGCAUGAUAUUCCUGCGCCAUUAGUCGGAGGCUUAGGCAACGAAGAUUUAUGGCUUCUUGUUCGUAGGUUCAACAAGCAAGUAUACCACGUCAAAGAAGUUCCCACUGCUGUGCCUGGAGAUCUAGAUCUAAACAUCGCCGACGAGGAGGAAUUCUCUCCCGAUAAAUUACGCGCUAAUAUAGAACGUUUUUAUAUGACCGUCGUAGUAGGAUUACUCGCAGCCGUGAAGCAUGUUGCACGAUUACGUUCGUGGCGUGAGGCACGACGGACCUCCUAUUUUUGCGCGGCUUACUUUAUCGCUUGGGUGUUUGAUAUGAUUGUUCCACUUCUAACGUUGACUUUCAUAACCUUGAUCGUCUAUCCGCGAUCGAGGGAGGUUUUAUUUCCACCAGCACCCCUCGCUUUAGUAGAUACCAAAACCGGCGGCGUACAGAAACCUAAGGCUGGCGUUCUUGGUAGUACUGAAAGCUCAACCGGGGCACCGCAGAAUUUCAAAGGCGAGGCUGUCGAGCAGGAAGCUAGCAACUUCGUUAAUAGCUUCACUUCUAUCGUAGUUACUAGCGCUACGGGAAAACAUCCACAAGGAGCACCCUCGACAGAGUCAAGUUCUCCCGACGAUGCUAUACCCGAUCCUACGAGGGCGACUAUGGCAGCUGCCGAGGCAAAGGACGUUGCAGCUGGAGGUAAAGCCAGCCCGAAGCAUGAUAAGACUAAAGUUCCUGUCGAGACGGCAAUGUGGACAAAGAUGAGACCUAUCAUGCACGGCAUCGCAGAUGUGUCAGAUACGUGGGAGAGAUUCGCAAAUGCUCUUUCUCCUACGUCGCCGUUCCCAAAGGAGGUCUAUAGGCUUAGGCUUGCUGCUUUGAUUGCACCCCUCUUCUUCAUAUCCUUAUUCGUCACGUCAUAUAUGUUUAUGAAAGGAGUGACAUUUGGAGUAGGUGUUGGAUUUUUCGGGGAUCCUAUUAUUUCCCGCGGAUUGAAGUGGCUUAACAACACAUUCCCUCACUGGCAGAAGCUCCUAGAGCUUCGCAAUACGGUCCUCAAAGGCGUACCAACCAAUGCGCAGUUGACACUUACCCUACUUCGGAUAGGCGAGGCGAAUAAGGCACCCCUACCGCCGCCUCCAUCCAUUAACGAGCCGCCGCCCGAAAGACCUACGGAAGUCACCGAUGCCGAAUUGCGAGCUACUGGAGCCGAACCCCCAUUAAAUGCGACCGACGAAGAGCUUCAAGAGGCCAUGGAGCACGAUCCACAAACUGCAUACGAAACUGGUGGUUCGGAUAUAGAUGCCGCAAAGGGCUCAUCCAAGCACGGUAAGCGUGGGAGUAAGAUCAUAGGCUUCUUCAAAGGGACAACGAAGGGCGCAGUUAAGGCAGCCAUUGGAUCCGAUCACGCUCGAGCGAAGGCGGGAUCUCAUCAUGCUAGGAAUCGUCUGGGUGCUGUUCCACGGUCGAAUACUAACCACGUUUCUGGACCUGUCGAUUUUAAGGGUCGCUACAACGGUAAGAAAGGACAUGUAUAUAUUACUACGAAGUCCACGAUCCCAGCGGUAUCCUUCAGCACGGACGAGACAAUCGAGAAGAUCGGAUCGGCGGAGCGAGAAGAUUUACACCCGCUAUGGACCGUGGCAAUAAACGAUAUCGCCGAGAUUAAGAAGGUUGGCGGAUACGGAUGGAAGGCCAAAAUUGUCGUGGGCUGGUCUCUGGGUAGAGAGGUAGCUGACGGGUUGGAGAUUACGGAUCGGACUGGAAAUGUACGGCGCAUCACCGCGCUGCCCAUGAGAGACGAACUAUUUAACCGUCUCGUGGCAAUCGGAGGACAGAAAUGGGAGGCCUGGUGA